UAGAUCCAACGACCUCCCACAGCCAUGCUUAAUUUAUAGCUCUCCACGAGUCACCGAACUCCCCAACUUCCCAUCUUCUCCAUCCCAUCCUCUCUGGAAGCUGUGUGCUCUUUAAAUCACAGCUAAGUCCUCUCCUCGCUAAUCGAACGGCACUGGACCGGACGGAACAGAAGGGAAGAUAAGUGGAGGGAGACAUGGAGGUUUACUCUGUUAAGGUCGAGGAGUCGAGACCGGCUGCCGGAAACAAGCCUUCCGCCGGUCCGGUUUAUCGGUCCAUCUAUGCAAGAGACGGUCUCUUGGAACUGCCCUCCGGAAUCGAUUCCCCUUGGGACUUCCUUAGUGGAUCAGUUAAAAGAUAUCCGCAGAACCAAAUGCUUGGCCAUCGCAAAUUCAUUAAUGGGAAGGUGGGUCAGUAUGCAUGGCAGACAUAUGAAGAGGUCUAUGACAUAGCUAUCAAGAUUGGAUCUGCCAUUCAAAGUCAUGGCAUUAACUCUGGAGAUCGUUGUGGCAUAUAUGGAUCCAACUGCCCUGAAUGGGUGAUUGCCAUGGAGGCCUGUAAUAGCCAGGGAAUCUGUUAUGUCCCUCUAUAUGACACCCUUGGUGCUAAUGCAGUGGAGUUCAUCAUCAACCAUGCAGAAGUCUCAAUAGCUUUUGUUCAAGAAAACAAAAUAACAUCUAUAUUGAUGUGCCUUCCAAAAUGUGCCAUGUAUCUCAAGACAAUUGUUAGCUUUGGAAUGGUGACUGAUGAGCAAAAAAGAGAAGCUGAACAAGUUGGCGUAUCUUGCUUUUCUUGGGAGGACUUUGUCUCUUCGGGUUGUGCUAAUUGUAAACUUCCUCCAAAACACAAGGAUGAUAUUUGCACAAUAAUGUAUACUAGUGGAACAACUGGAGACCCAAAAGGUGUCAUCCUGACAAACAGGGCUGUUAUUGCUGAGGUCAUUACCACAGAACAUCUACUUCUAGAAACAGAUAAAGUGGUGACUGAGGAAGACUCAUACUUCUCAUUCCUUCCAUUAGCCCAUAUAUUUGAUCAGAUAAUUGAGAACUACUGCAUCUUUAAGGGUGCCUCCAUUGGAUUUUGGCGAGGGGAUGUUCGAUAUUUGAUGGAGGACAUUCAGGAACUGAAACCCACUUUAUUUUGUGGUGUACCUCGAGUUUAUGAUCGUAUAUACACAGGUAUAAAUCAGAAAAUUUCAUCUGGAGGAAUGUUAACAAAGAAGUUAUUCCAGUAUGCAUAUGACUUCAAAUUGAAAAAUUUGAGGAGAGGGCUGAAACAAAAUGAAGCAUCGCCUUUCUUUGACAAAUUAGUCUUUGACAAAAUCAAACAAGGACUUGGGGGCCGAGUACGCAUCAUGAUAUCUGGAGCUGCACCAUUACCUAGGCAUAUUGAGGAGUUCCUCAGAGUCACAUGCUGCAGUGUCUUUUUACAAGGAUAUGGUCUCACGGAAAGUUGCUCUGGGUGCUUCACAUCUAUAGCCAAUGUACUCCCAAUGAUGGGAACAGUGGGAGUCCCCAUUACAACCAUAGAGGCAAGACUUGAGUCAGUUCCAGAAAUGGGGUAUGACGCUCUUUCCCAUGUACCACGCGGAGAGAUCUGCUUGAGGGGUAAAACCUUAUUCUCCGGUUACUACAAGCGCCCAGACCUUACAAGUGAAGUAACCAUGGACGGGUGGUUCCAUACAGGUGACAUUGGAGAAUGGCAACCCAGUGGUGCAAUGAAGAUCAUCGACAGAAGAAAGAAUAUCUUUAAAUUGUCUCAAGGAGAAUAUAUUGCUGCGGAGAACCUUGAAAGCGCAUACCUGCAGUGCCCUCUUGUCACAUCGGUUUGGGUCUACGGAAACAGUUUCGAGUCCUUCAUUGUAGGUGUGGUUGUUCCAGAAAAGAGGCUGGUAGAGGAGUGGGCAGCAGCCAAUGAUGUAACUGGGACAUUUGAAGAGUUGUGCAAACAUCCAAAAGCAAGAAAAUACGUUCUUGACGAGCUCAAUAAUACUGGCCGAACACAUGAACUUAGAGGAUUUGAGCUAUUGAAAGCAGUUCAUCUCGAACCAAUACCAUUUGACAUUGAGAGAGACCUGAUUACUCCGACCUUUAAAUUGAAGAGGCCGCAGUUGCUCAAAUAUUACAAGGACUUUAUCGAUGGACUGUACCAAGAAGCGAAGGGAAAAAGGGCAUGACUCUUUUAGCCAUGUAAACAGUACUGAAUUGUGGUUAUGCAGAUGUAGUACGUUCAUCUGAAAAGCUUAUCUUCCCUCGUCUCUAGAUGUAAAAGAAGGCUGGGAGAAAACUAUCAAGAAAAAUAAGGCAUCUCUGUUCUGUUUUCUCUGUAACUGCUCUAUCACUGCGUCAGUUACUGUCAAAUUUCUCAACCCCCGAACACCCCUCACUCCCACCCCUUAAACAAAAAAAAAAAAA